CACCCAAAAUCUGCCGAGUCAGCUAGUGAAGGUGCGUGCGUGUGGGUGCAGUGUCAGCCUGAGUCUUGCAGCAUAGCUGAAAUUGAUGGUCAGGAGAACGCUGCACGUCGAUGUACAAAGAACUCAGUAUGACGUGGAGUACAAACCGGUCCCUGUCGGCUAUUGCAGCUCCGGAAAAUGACAGGUAAAGAGUUUGGUCCAGGGGUGAAUCCUGUCUCUGGACACACUCUCCAGGUGCCAGAUGGAGAAAAAGAGAGACCACCAGCUCUACAUGGCCGUCAUGAUCUCUGCUGCCUGUCUGAUAGUCGUUCUGUGUCUCAUCAGCAGACGAAAGAAUCAUGCUCGGCAGCUCUGCUGGGGAUUCCCCAGCAUAGCCAUUCCACUGGAUGGGCUGGGAAUAGGGGCCAGUGGCUGUCGUCUGCUCUACUGUGUGAUCAUGGGCUCCUGGGGAGCUGACCUCCUGACAAAUCUCCUCAACACAAGUCUCUACUACUCCUCUCCAUUCAGCAUCACUGACUCCGUCUAUUUCUUCAUGUUCACUCCAACUGUCAUCAUUCUGAGUCAGUCGCUGGCCUACUUCCCAGUGUUUGCCUGCGUACACACGCCUCUACCAAUCCUGGGCCACCUUCUGGGACUCCUCUACACCUCUCUCCUGGUGAGCAGCAAUGUGUACUCAGACUGUGCAGCAGCUCGAGGUUGCUCAUACAUAGGGAACAUGUCUCACAGGGAGGUUGGUAUAUUCCUGGGUUCAAGAGUGUGGACCUACUUCCUCUACCUCUGCAUGCUCCUCUACUUCUUCCUCUACACGGUCUUUGACCUGGUCCAGGUCUUGGUGUCGGGAAAGUUGCAACCGAGAAAGACUCAGAAUGACCGCAGUGUCUGUGAGCUCUAUGUAAGCAACCUGCUGAAAAGGAGAGUGAGGACGUGCAGUACAUCAUACCACCUGCUGAGAGACAAUCUCUGGAACUACCUCAUUCGAGGACUGGACUAUGUUCUACCCAAUGCCUACACCUUCUGCCUACGCUAUCCACUGCCUCUUUUUGGAGCCUUUUUCAUGGGAUUCUCCAUGAUCAUUCAUCUGGUCAUCUUCUGCAGUGCUCAUGAGUACCUACUGGCUGAGAAGCUGCUCCACUGGUUGCAGGAGUUCCAGAUCACUGUGGAUUUCAUUGAAGACAUACUCCCUUCCACUAAACCAACCCUCAACCGUCUCUUCCAACAAGUACUCAGCUUUGCCAAGGCUUACGAAAUUAUUUUGCCACUGGGAUCAAUAGGAGCUUUUGGGUUCUGUGGAAUGUUCUCACUCUAUAUGCUUCACACAACUUAUAAACAGAUAAUGGAGGCGGCCAGAGGAGACACUGGUUUCUUUGUCAGGUCUGAACUGGUGCCCUCUCUUGUCUACAGACUGGCUGCUACCAUGAGAUUCACUGCUUUUCAAGUGGCCUUUCUUGUUUCCACCUGGAUGAUAUAUUGUCUGUUGCUGUGGAUUCUGCUAUCUAUUGGACUGCUGUUCUACUACUUGUUCAAUGACUUCAGACAUUUUGCUGUUCAUGUCUGGUCUUGGUUCAUGGUACCAAUGAUGUGGGGAGCUGCCAUGUACAAUCUGCAGCUCUUCCUCUGCAAGUAUGUGUUUCUGGAGAGAACGAGAGGAACACUGCCACUUAUCAGACUCAGGUGGCUCUAUGACAUUUUGGCCUAUUUUCUCUUCUUCUUCAAUGGCAUAUUUGGCUUUGUGAUGUGUAUCCUACGUGGAGUGGGCGUGAUCAUAUUCACGGCUGUGAUGUUAUUCAGACUAGACUGGGACAUCUACAUGAGGGGACUGGAGGGAUGGGACAUGGGUCACAGAACGUACAUGGCCUACAUGUACGUGGAGUGCACGUACAACAACAUGAUCAUGAGACUGUUUGUCCAUCUCCUACUGGACUCCCUCCACCAGAGGAGGCGGCACCAACAUCACCCUCCCAGUCAGGAAGCUACUCUAUCAACCACAUGGAGGAGUGGCAGCAGUAAAAGAGAGAGGGGGGAUGUAGUCAGAGGAGAAGGAGUGUCUGUGGGGUCUACUGGCAGUGAGCAGAGCUCCCACAGAGCUCGUCUCCACUGGUACUUGGCCUACACCCUCCUCCGUAACCCAACUCUCUGUCGUGACAGAGUCACUCACAACUCACACUCUCUCCAUCCCACACCCCACACCAGCUACGGCAGUCUGUACACCAUCAAC